AUGUGCAAAGUUUGUUACACUCACGGAUCCCUCAAGAGCAACGGACUUCCUGCCAGCGCUUGAUUACUUAAAAGACACAUUAGACUGCAUCAGUGCUGACGGUCUGUCUGCGGUGAUUUUAAGUUAUAAUGAGGGCGUUUUGAUAUAUCUAUGUGAAAUUUAUAAAACGUGUGUAUUGGAAAAUAAAAUACCAGAAAACAGGAAGUGAAAGAGACACACUAUUGUGUCAUGCGCAAUAGAGCCUGUUAUGGCAGUAUGGCGUGUGAAGGUUAACGUUAGCUUAAACGUUAAUACAAUUAAUUGAACUCCAGCUGUCUCUUAACUAGGGUUAAAUACGUUUUACUGGCGGUUAUAAAGUGUCUAACUAAUUCCUCACAGACUCAGUCAUGGCCGGUCUGUCCAGCUAUGCCAUACGCAUGGCCAGACUGAGCGCACAAAUCUUCGGGGAGGUUGUGCGUCCAACAGACUCCAGAUCUAUGAAGGUGGUCCAGCUGUUCCAGGAGCCUCCCAUGGCCAAGAGAAAGGAUGUGUAUGACUGGUACCCAAAGCACAGGGUUUACUAUGCCAUGACCCAGAAGCUCAGGUUCAUGGGACUGUUCAGAGAUGAGCAUGAAGACUUCAAAGAGGAAAUGAGUCGCCUAAGGAAACUAAGAGGAAAAGGGAAACCAAAGAAAGGAGAGGGGAAGAGAGCGGGCAAGAAGAAAUGAACUCUGCUUUCUGCUUUUCACAGGACUUGAGUUUUUUUUUCUUCUUCUUUUUAUGGAGGCAGACAGCAUUGGACUGUGAACACUAUCACUGUGGGGGGGCCUGCUAAUCCUCAAAGAAUUCAGUUGGUCUGGUCAUGACUGUCCAGUUGCUUUGUCUGAAGCUGUGCUAUGUUGGCAUAAAUUAUGCCUUAGGUCAGCGUUACACACGAAACAUUCUCAUCAAUGUCUGUUGUAUUGAAGUGACUUCCAUCCUUUUAUUGUUUAUUGUCAACGUGUCUGAUCUCUUGCAUUUGAGUUGCAGGGGGUGAAACAGUGUGGAGAAAGAAAUUGCCAAUCAAAUGCUCACAUGUCUUUAAGUUGAAUAUUGCUAUAAUUAUAUUACUAAGCUGAUCACUAUGAUCAUGUGAGAAUACAUACAACAUUCAGAGGCCUAGGAUCAUGUCUUUUUAAGAUUCAUGGAUUAAUGACAAAUUUUGCGACUCUGUUGCAGCUAUACUGUACCUCAUGUCAACUUGGGAGUUGAUAGCUGGUGCUAGUUUAACUCUAAAUGGAAUGUCUGGAGAAUGAUGUAAGGACACAGACAUCUUUCACGUUUUCAAAAUAAAAUCCAAGUGAGGAAUGUAUAGUGUUACAAAGCUCUUUCAGCCUGCUGUUCGAAAAUGCUUCAAUAAAAGCACAACACGGUACACAGA